CAAGGCGAUUGAGGUGAUUUAGAACCAGAAACUACUGGAAAAUGGUGAUCUCUUACUAUGGACAGCAAACCUAGCACAAAUCUAUUUUCUCAUGGUGAAGAGGUGUUGGGCUAGCUUAGGGCUGGAGGCUGCAGAGCUUUGGGGUGAGUCAUCCAAAGGGAACCAUAACCAUAUCGAUGAUGGCAAAGCUAGCCAAAAAUUGCUCCAUGAUGCUCAAUUGGUCUGCAAGGAAAAACAACUUACUAGUAUAGAAGAUGGAGAUGCAAAUAAAAGAAUUGAGGUGGUUAGUAAUUCAUCAGGUCAGCAAGAUUUGGCCUCCAUUCUGAGGAAUGUCCCUCUCAUUCACAUAAUCAAUGUAGAAAAGAGAAAGGUACAUGGUUCGAACAAGAAGCAGAACAAGUUUGGAAAAGAUUUAGUCCAAUCACCAAGUAAGAAGAUGGAAAGAUGGAAUAAGCGUUUCAUCCGUUUGCAGGCUAGUACACUACUUAACCUUGGACAGAGCAUUAUGGUGCUAGGAGACACUGCAUCACAAAGUCCUCUGAUCUCUCGUGCUAUGUUUGGAUGCUCUGGUACCUUCGUACAUGUGCUUUAUGCGUCUAUCCAACUCGGCUUGUUCAAUUUCAUAGGUCAAGCAGGCCCUAGAGUACAACUCUCUGCAUCUAAAAUUGCUGCUGAUCUCCCCACUAAGAACCCAGAUGUACCUUUUUAUCUUGACCACAUGCUGCAACUCCUUACUUACUACUCUCUUCUCACCUACUCUUCGAGAUCCAUCAGAGAAGAAGAAGAUGGGAAGGUUGAAAGGCUCUAUGGACUUGCUCCCCCAACCAAAUCAUCUGUUCCCGAUGAAGAUGGAGCUGCCUUGUCCGCAUUUCCAACUAAUAAAAGAAUGAUAGAGCCCUUGAGGUUGCGCACGGAAGGACCACUUCACGAGUUGCUGCAGGCCACCAUGUCUGAAGAGGAUGCGGCGUCUGAGUAUGCCCGGAGUCUAAACACCUCCGGUUACUUCGCACCUGUCCUUCAUGCGUCUAUCCACCUCGGCCUGUUCAAUAUCAUAGCUCGAGCAGGCCCUGGAGCAGAGCUCUCCGCAUCUGAAAUUGCUGCUCAGCUCCCCACAAAGAACCCAUAUGCGCCUUUUUAUCUCGAUCGCAUGCUGCGGCUCCUUGCUUGCUACUCUCUUCUCACCUGCUCUGCGAGAUCCAUCAGAGAAGAGGAAGAUGGGAAGAUUGAGAGGCUCUAUGGACUUGCUCCCCCAGGCAAAGCCUUUGUUCCCGAUGAAGAUGGAGAUGCCUUAUUGUCCGCAUUUCCAUCCAAUUUAGGAAUAAUAGAGCCCUUGCUACACUUGAAAGAUUUCAUCCUUGAAGGAGGAGGCAAUCUGUUCGAAAGAGUACAUGGGAUGACCUUUUACGAGUACGUAAGUAGAGAUCCAGAGUACAACAAAGAAUUCAGCAAGACAUUAACUAAUUAUUCCAAAAGACCCAUGAAGAAAAUCCUUGAAAUAUACAGAGGAUUUGAAGGAGUAACAUCUUUACUCGAUGUUGGAGGUGGAAGCGGAGCUAUCGUUGACAUGAUCGUGUCAAAAUACCCGCCCAUCAAGGGCAUAAAUUUUGACCAGCCUCAUGUCAUACAGAAUGCCCCAUCUUAUCCUGGUGUUGAACAUGUUGCCGGAGAUAUGUUCGUAAGCAUCCCAAAGGCUGCAGAUACUCUUAUGAUGAAGGAUGUCCUUCACAAUUGGAACGAUGAACUAUGUGUGAAAGUAGCCAUCCUGCGUGAUAAGGGCUAAAUUUGAUACAAUCAGCUUCGACAAAUAUAUAAUGAAUAAUAAAAUGAUAGACAACUA